AUGGAAGAUUUCAAAAAGGUUUCGUUAGCAGAUGCAGAGGCAACGGAGACUGAAGCUGAAGAAGCAAGCAGCAGCAGAAAAUCCUCCAAUACCCUUCUUUUACUCCGCAGAUUCCUUGAAAUCCAGCAAAGGAGAGCCCAAGCUUAUGCCAAGCUCAAACAGGGUUUUGCUGAAUAUAUGGUCUCUGGAGGGGAACUAGGUUACCAGCAGCUUUGCAGCGAGAUCACAGUAGAGUUCAAUGACUGCUCCAAACAAGUCAUUGAAAUGGAGUCUUUAUUUCUAAACCCUGACUAUGACCGACUCGAUCUGGCAAACCUUCUCAGAGCCAUUCAAACACAAGAAAAGCAGAAGUUACACUUGACAGCAACCAUUCAGCUGUUAAAGAAAGCUGGUCGGCCAUCAGAACGUCUUGUCAACCAUGAAAACUGCAGAUUUCCAAAACCAAUGGAGCAUGAGUGUGUGCACCUUCAUGAAAUAACUGAAGCUGCUGGAACUGAAGAGGCAGAAGCUGAUGCUGAGUAUGAUAAUGCUCUCAAGGAAGCUAUCAGAGGCGUACAGGAUGCUGUGACCACCAUAAAUGAACACCUGGAAGAAGUCAAGUAUGAGAUUGAAGCCCUUGAAAGUUGA